UGUAGGGUUUCUCCUGAUUUCUCUGGAAAAGCAGCGCGAUCCUGGCGACAAGACGCUUCUUGGACAUGUUUGUUCAUAAUCUCUUUCCCAACCAACUCGCCAGGUUUGCGACCGGGACAUUCCGCUGAUUUCCGCCGGGCAACGCCUCGUGUGCAGGUGGAAAUAUUGCUGUUGGGUAUUCUUUAGUUCAUGCAUCUUGCGACCCGCUCGUCUCCGUCACCUUUCGUACUGUCAGUAUCCAGAAUGGAUCACAAGAUCUUUCAAUAUGGGCUGAUCAAGGGCAUGCGGGGCUUUGCUUCUCUAAACAACGAUAAUGUCGCGUACCUUACACGCAACGGUACUAUCGGCUCUGUGCGAAACGACGACGGGCGGUUCCUCGCAGUGCUACAGUCGCAGCUGCGCCGUUUCGACAUCGAGAAACAGCAUAUCCAACACAUUUCAACGAAAAGUGGCUUUGAAGUCUACAUACAAUUCUCGAGCUGGCGACGUUUUGUCGAGUUAUCAUGGGAAGGAGACUCUUGCAGGGCAACGGCAGAGCUUCCAAAAGGACUAAAGAAUGUCAACGUUCAGCUUCGAAAGGGUACAACCGUCAUUACUCUUGGGACAACUUCACCAGAGCCUCUCACAUACGCGCUCGACGAUCGCGAUAUCUACACGAUUCUCUUCGACCCCGCGAUGUACGGAGGAUUCGUUGUUGUAUUCAGCGCUGAUGGCGAGCAUCAGAACGAUAUGCGGGCGAUUUCGAAGCCUCUGACAUACCGUGGUCUUUUGUGCUGCAAGAUUAACGAGGCUCACACUUUGCAGUCCGCAAGCUCAAGUGGACUGGUAUGCACGAUGAAAAUAAGUCCUGACCUCUUACGCAAUGACUCUCAACGAGCGGAUAAUGCCAUCGACAGAGAAACAUCAGCAGAAUUGCGUGUACCGAGCGACAGUAACGAUCGACAGAGCAGUCACCAUACCGAUGCACAUGGCGAACCGACGGACGAUACUAUAAGGACGUCUGCGCAAGUUUCACAACCGUCCAGUAUCGAAGAGAUGGAACAGCACAUAGAGGCGUGCUUGCGCGAGAAUCAGACAUCGCCAUAUGAGUUGGCCGAACUCUGUGAGAUGUUCCCUGGACACGCGCCCAUAACCUAUGUAGAAUGUGGUAUCGGGUGAGGGAAAGGCUGAAAAGAAAGAACCUGAACGCAUUGUCGUCCUUACGAGGAUCAGCGUUGUGCAAGACUAUACAACGAAUGGGGCAGAAGGUGGAUGAGACAUCUAUUUUCGUCAGACAGUAGACAAGCACCGACAAGAAACGUAAUUAAAAUCCAGCAAUUUGAUUCAUGUUGUAGAACAAAACUACUCAUUAUGAUUCUGGCGACUUUAUAUCGUGUUCACAGAAAGUAGAACUAUGAUUCCUUCUGGCAGUCAUGGGAACGGC